AUGCAAAAUGAUAUUAUAGAGCAGGAAAAUACCAUUAUUCGUAUUAAAAUUCAACAAGUCAGAAACAAGAAAGUAACAAAAAUAGGUAAUCUUCCUUAUACAACAAUUGAUGAAUUAACGAAAUUUCUUCAACUUCUUAAGAAAAAGCUGGCCUGUGGGGGAUCUAUUAAUGAAGAUCAUAGUCUUUUACUACAAGGAGAUAAAUCCCACACAGAUCUUGUUAAAAUAUUAAAGGAACAUUUUGAAAAUUUUAAAAUUGACUUAAAUGGAAAAAUUAUCUAA